AUUGCGAUUGCGACAGAUCCGCCGCAAUUGGUGCUAUUUCAUAAUCCUUUGCCAAUUACCUUGCUUCAUUGAAUAAUCUCUGCGAAGGACACAUUCGUCUUCAUCUGCUGGUUGGAAAAAUCUAUUUACUUUCGACCAGAUCUCCGUCCAUCGCAAAAGAGGCAAGCAAUUCCUCGGGAUAUCGAGCUGUGAAGUCAUCAUUUACUUCCGAACCUUUUUCCUCCGAACCCGGCGGUCCUCACGAGACAGCAGUUCCACAGCAGCUUCACCACGAUUACGAUGGUUCCUUGAAUAAAAGCAAAGUUCUCGCGUUCUCUCGGUCACUGCGAUAUUUAUUUCACCAUCAUGCUGCCCAGGGCAGCCCGACCGCCGUGCCUCCGUGUCCCCGGGCGCUUCGCACAUCGCGGUCCCGCAGUCCCGCGCUCCACGCCGCGGAUAGCUACACGACAUAGCAUCCAGUUCAGAGCAUUCUCGACGGGCAAAGGCCUAUUGAACAAAGAUGCUACUUCAGAACCUUCCUCGCCACCAAAGACACCCAGUUCCGCUUCUCCGCUUCCCCCUCAAUCACCGGACCGGAAAACGAAGAAUGCCCAGAAUGCCGCAGGCAAGCCGAAGAGAGAUCUUCUGAGCGAGACUACGGUGGGAAAGAAGGAACAAAGGAAGGCAGAUUGGGCAAUCAUGAAAGAAAUGGCCAAAUACCUCUGGCCCAAGGAUGAUUGGGGCACGAAGCUGCGCGUCGGAACUGCCCUGUCGUUACUGGUUGGAGCAAAGAUUCUCAACGUAAAUGUGCCAUUCUAUUUCAAGAGCAUUGUCGACUCGAUGAAUGUGGACUUCGCCGCAAUCGGCGGAACGGCCUAUACUGUUGCGGGCUCUAUGAUCAUAGCUUAUGGUGUUACCAGGAUUGGCGCUACACUUUUCCAAGAACUUCGAAACGCCGUGUUUGCUAGUGUUGCCCAGAAGGCAAUCCGCAGAGUUGCACGGAAUGUAUUCGAGCAUCUCUUACGACUAGAUCUCAAUUUCCACCUUAGCAGACAAACCGGUGGCUUGACUCGGGCAAUUGAUCGCGGAACGAAAGGCAUCAGCUUCCUACUGACAUCAAUGGUCUUCCACGUUGUUCCUACUGCUCUGGAGAUUUCUCUUGUCUGCGGAAUCUUGACAUACCAAUAUGGUGCACAAUUUGCUGCGAUCACGGCUGCGACCAUGGUAGCAUACAGUGCUUUCACAAUAACAACUACUGCAUGGAGAACCAAGUUCCGAAAACAGGCCAAUGCUGCAGAUAAUCGCGGUGCCACAGUAGCCGUAGAUUCUCUGAUCAACUACGAGGCUGUCAAGUACUUUAACAAUGAGAAAUUCGAGGUCGCACGGUACGAUAAGGCACUUAAAGCUUAUGAGGACGCCUCUAUCAAGGUGACAACGUCGUUGGCUUUUCUCAAUUCCGGUCAGAACAUGAUUUUCUCAAGUGCGCUUGCCGGCAUGAUGUACCUCGCAGCAAAUGGAGUCGCCAGUGGUUCGUUGACUGUUGGAGACCUGGUGAUGGUCAACCAGCUUGUCUUCCAGCUGUCCGUGCCUCUAAACUUUCUUGGCUCUGUGUACCGUGAAUUACGUCAGUCCUUGCUAGACAUGGAGACCUUGUUCAACCUACAGAAGGUCAAUGUGAACAUCACGGAAAGGCCAGAUGCGAAACCUCUACAGCUCCACCGCGGAGGGGAGAUCAAGUUCGAGAAUGUGACUUUUGGCUAUCACCCGGACCGCCCUAUUCUCAAGAAUGCAAGCUUUACGAUUCCUGCUGGCCAGAAGUUUGCUAUCGUGGGACCCAGUGGCUGCGGCAAGUCAACGAUCCUGAGACUACUGUUCCGGUACUAUGAUGUCCAAGAGGGCCGCAUUCUAGUCGAUGGUCAGGACGUGCGGGAUGUGACUCUUGAAAGCUUACGGAAAGCCAUUGGUGUUGUGCCCCAGGAUACCCCGCUCUUCAAUGACUCUAUCGCACACAACAUUCGCUACGGAAGAAUUGACGCUACAGAUGAAGAAGUGCGCAAGGCUGCACAGCGGGCGCACAUCCACGAACUGAUUGAGAAGCUUCCCGAGGGAUAUAAGACCGCUGUUGGUGAACGCGGAAUGAUGAUAUCCGGUGGUGAAAAGCAGCGGUUAGCUAUCUCACGACUGAUAUUGAAGGACCCAGAACUCCUGUUUUUCGAUGAAGCUACAUCGGCUCUCGACACAUACACGGAACAGGCUUUACUACAGAACAUUAACAGCAUCCUCAAAGACAAAGCGCGCACAAGCGUUUUUGUAGCUCAUCGAUUGCGAACAAUUUGUGAUAGCGACCAGAUCCUUGUGCUAAAGGAGGGCCGCGUGGCAGAAACAGGGUCGCAUCGUGAACUUCUUGAGCUUGACGGCAUAUAUGCUGAGCUUUGGAACGCCCAAGAAAUGUCUUUCGCGCAAGAUGCAGAGAACGAAGGUAAUGCCGAGCUUGAGGAAGGUGCUGGGCAAGAGGUGCUGCCAGAAUCUAGACAAAAGUGAGCCGUUUAGAGAACUAGACUCGGGAGUUGGGUAGUUGCUGGUUCAAUUUUGCGUCAAUUUAUUUUGUACACAGUGAAGGUUCUAUGUCUAUAGACCUUUUUUUUUCUUGUAAGCUCUUUGAAGUUGUCCCAGGAUUACGUAUCUAUAGUGUCGGAUGUCAGACUGUAUGCAGUACCAAAAAUUUCCUAGUCCUAGUGAUGAAAUAUUAGCCGAAUUAAAGCUGCAUUCGGUACCGUUUUUUGAGAAACAAAGGGCAAAGUUUGGUCCAGUUUUAUGUGGAGAUCUAGGAACAGUGCCGAAUCAGCGACGCGGCACGCGAGUCGAUGGGACAUCAACAAUCAUAGUGCCGUACUCCGUCCCAAGUUCUCCAUACUUCCAAGCGCAUGGAUGAUGCGAACGAACCCGGAAGGACCGGGGCAUAUGCCAUGAUUGAGCGAGCUUGAAC